AUGGCUCACAUCGAUGCCGAGGAACAGCAGUUCCUACAGGAGGUUGCGGACGUAAAGAAGUGGUGGAGUGACUCAAGAUGGCGUUUCACCAAGAGGCCAUUCACAGCCGAGGAGAUUGUUGCAAAGCGAGGCACGCUGAAGAUUACGUAUCCCAGUAAUGAACAGGCGAAGAAGCUUUGGGGCAUUGUCGAGGGCCGGUUCAAGGAACGAGAUGCUAGCUACACAUACGGCUGUCUGGACCCUGUGAUGGUCACUCAAAUGGCAAAGUACCUCGACACUGUUUAUGUUUCUGGCUGGCAGAGCUCGUCAACAGCCUCAUCCAGCGAUGAACCCGGUCCAGAUCUAGCAGAUUACCCAAUGACAACUGUUCCAAACAAAGUACAACACCUUUUCAUGGCGCAGCUUUUCCACGACCGCAAACAGCGCGAGGAGCGCCUGACCACAUCAAAGGCCGACCGUGCGAAACUCCCUCACAGAGAUUAUCUUCGACCCAUUGUCGCUGAUGCGGAUACCGGACACGGCGGUCUGACCGCCAUUAUGAAACUCACGAAGAUGUUCGUCGAGAAGGGCGCUGCAGGUAUACAUAUUGAGGAUCAGGCACCUGGUACCAAGAAGUGCGGCCACAUGGCUGGCAAGGUUUUGGUGCCAAUCAGCGAGCACAUCAAUCGUCUUGUCGCCAUUCGAGCACAAGCUGAUAUCAUGGGUGUCGACCUCCUUGCCAUUGCACGAACCGACUCAGAAGCAGCUACCCUCAUUACUUCAACAAUUGAUCCCCGCGACCACCCCUUCGUCCAGGGCAGCACCAACCCUGCUCUCCAGCCCCUCGGUGAGCUCAUGUACGCCGCUGAGCAACAAGGCAAGAAUGGCGCGGAGCUCCAAGCCAUCGAAGAUGCAUGGACCAAGGAGGCUAAUCUGAAGCUCUUCCACGAGGCCGUCAUCGACACGGUCAACGCCGGCGUCCACGUCAACAAGGAGACACUCAUCAACGAUUUCCUGAAGCAGAGCAAGGGCAAGAGCAACGCAGAAGCGCGAGCCAUUGCUAAGGGCCUCACUGGCGUCGACGUCUACUUCAACUGGGACGCCGCCCGAACGCGAGAGGGUUACUACAGGUACAAGGGAGGAUGCCAAUGCGCUGUCAACCGCGCCAUUGCGUACGCUCCGUACGCAGAUAUGAUCUGGAUGGAGUCAAAAUUGCCCGACCACGCCCAGGCGAAGGAAUUCGCCGAUGGUGUUCACGCCGUCUGGCCAGAACAAAAACUCGCAUACAACCUCUCCCCAUCCUUCAACUGGAAGACCGCCAUGCCCCGCGAGGAGCAGGAAACCUACAUCAAGCGCCUCGCCAAACUCGGCUACUGCUGGCAAUUCAUCACCCUCGCCGGUCUCCACCAGACCGCUCUCAUCGCCGAUACAUUUACCAAGGCGUACGCGAAGCAGGGCAUGCGUGCUUACGGCGAAAUCAUCCAGGAGCCAGAGGCCGAGAACGGAGUCGAUGUUCUCACUCAUCAGAAGUGGUCCGGUGCUAAUUACGUGGAUAAUAUGUUGAAGAUGGUUACUGGUGGUGUAAGCUCGACGGCUGCUAUGGGUAAGGGUGUUACUGAGGAUCAGUUCAAAUGA